AGAAUUGCAAACAAAGAAUUUAGACUUGAUCUAGCAUGGGAUUUAAUCAAUAAUACGGUUGGUAUGGAUAAAAGGGUGACCAGAUCAGAUUUGUCUGAUACCUGUCUCAGUCUUACUAAGAAAUUUCAAGAUAUCUAUAUUACUGAGACAUAUGAUUUAGCUGCAACUCGUCUAAUUCCUGGAGGACAUUUUGUGGAAUGGAGAGAAACAAGAAAAGCAUGCUUGUAUUGUAGGUAUUUAUCUAAGCAAG